AUUUCCGCAGCCACGCAUAUCCGUCACGCGCCGAUACAUAAACGAGACCUCCUGCGAUCCGAAAGCGAUAUUCAUAAUCCAUAUACGGCCGUUUAUAACUAUUGCGACUGGUACUUGAGCAUAGCGAAGCGAAGCGAAGGAGCAGCCGCGCGCCAGCAUAGAAGAGAAGGACCAGCGCAGCCAUGUCAGGGCCCCCUCCAGGGCCCGGACCUGUACGGGCAAUGAGCGUAGGAAACGGACCUCCCAGUGCAGGUCUACCACCGCAUACUGCCAUGCCACCGCAAGGUGGUCCUCCGCCUCCAGGCUCGUCGGGGCCGCAAUCGCAACAGAAUCUGAACCAAAUCGUACUCGAGUAUCUUUCCAAGAAGGGCUAUGUCCGUACCGAAGCGAUGCUCCGCAAGGAGUCCGAACCGCAAGCGAACGGCCAACCUCUUACGGCCCAGAGCACCGAGGCAGGCGGCGCAAAAUAUACCAAAGCGUUUGAGCUGUUGCGCAAAUACACCGAGGAUAACCUGGAUCUCUAUCGGCCGGAGCUGCGGAAGCUAUUAUGGCCAGUCUUUGUCUAUUCGUUCUUGGACUUGGUGCGCGACUACUAUACCAAAGAUGCAGAGACAUUCUUUGCUGCGUACCAAGGCAUGUUCGAGCGCGAUCAUGACGAGGACGUCAAGACGCUCCGGCAAGUGCGAUUGCAAACUCAUCUACAGGAGAGCAGAAUAGCAAAGCUUUAUCUUGACAACAAGUACCGGAUAACUUUGACGACGAUGCCAUUCUUCAAUCUCAUUCAAUUCCUUGAAGCCAAGCAUUUUGACGGCGGGUCGACAAUAAUAGACGUCAUUCGGGAACAUCUGAACAUUGUCACAGUCGACAGGACAGCAACUGCCGAGAAAAGCAUAGCAGCGAUUCUUGCCAGUGGACAUGGUGAGGAUGAGCUUCCCGCAGAAGACGAAGGCAUCCCUGGACACGCCCCUGGUCACCCUCUUACUGCGCGUCACGACCCCGAAGCAGAUGCUGCGCGAAUAAGGCUGCAGUUGGGUGCAUAUCCACAGGAGCAAGAACUGCAGGAUGAUGUUCGCGCUGCUUUACAAGAAGAAGACGCCAAAGCUGCGUCCAGACCAGGACAGCCAAGUUUGUUGGAUGAAUUUGAACAACGUAUCAAACGGGAGCCCACAGAAGACGGGCCCUCGCGAGAAUUUGUUCCUCUGCCACCCUCGCUUGCCCGUGAUGUCUCCAUGGAGGUACAAAAGAUUAUCGAGCACCGAGAUCGAUACAAGAUGGAGGGAAGAACAGGCGGAGUUGGGCCUGCUGUCAGCGUCACCAUGUAUACCUUUCACAACACAUACGAUAGCAUUAAUUGUAUAGAUUUCUCUGGUGAUAACAAACUGGUCGCUGCCGGCAUGAGCGAGUCGUACAUCCGCGUGUGGUCCAUGGAUGGUAGCCCCCUCACCUCACCGAAUGACAGUCCGGACACGCAGCCAUCAUCAUCCAGGCGAUUGAUUGGUCACUCUGGUCCUGUUUACGCAGUUGCCUUUUCCCCAUCUACAGCCAACCCAUAUCCCUCCGGCCCCCCUACAAACUCAGAGUGUCUUCUCUCGUGCUCAGAAGACAGGACAGUCCGCUUGUGGUCGUUAGAUACGUUCACUUGUCUCGUUGCUUACCGCGGUCACGACAACCCUGUUUGGGAUGUCCAGUGGGGACCUUACGGGCACUACUUCCUCACUGGUUCCAAUGACCGAACUGCGCGUUUGUGGUCAACAGACCAUAUCGAACCUCUUCGCAUCUAUGUUGGCCAUGAUAAUGACGUUGACUGCGUUGCUUUCCACCCCAACAACCUCUACGUCUUCACAGGGUCGUGCGACCGCACAGUACGCAUGUGGCACAUUGCUGGUGGCAAUUGCCUGCGUCUGUUUACCGGCCACACUGGCAACGUCACAGCUAUAUCCUGUUCUCCCGACGGCAAGACACUGGCAUCGGCGGACGACGCCGGCAACAUCAUCCUCUGGACGCUCGAGACGGGUCGCCGACGGAAGCGCAUGCGUGGCCACGGCAAGGGAGGCAUCUGGUCUCUAUCCUGGAGCGUCGAAUCCAGCGUGCUUGUGUCGGCCGGCGCGGACAAGACGGUGCGUGUAUGGGACGUGCUGCAAGAAACCAGCGACAAGGCCGCCGACGGCGUGGCCGCAAAGGCCGAUGGCGCAAUGACGACAAAAGGCGCGAGCGGAACCACAGUCACGGGCAAGAAGGCGGCCAAGGAGACAGGCGUGUCUGCAGACCAGAUCAGUGUGUUCCCGACAAAGGACAGCCCCGUGUACAAGGUCCACUUUACACGCAUGAACCUCGUCCUAGCUGGUAGUGCAUAUCUGCCCACGCGCACCCAGUAGUUUGUGCAGUUUUCUCCUCGAAGCCAUUUUCAUGUGUUUUUUUUUCUUGAAAGGGGGAAAUUUAUUUUAAAAAGUGGAAAAGCCCAUGAUAAUGGAAAGGUAGUUUGUAAGUAGGCAGUCAGUCAGUCGUAACAUACCCACAUGGAAUACGC